AUGGAUGGAAAGGAUUCAGAAGAACCAAAGCAAAGCACUGCUGAUAUGACAGAUUUUGUACAAAACCUUCUUCAACAGAUGCAAACCAGGUUCCAGACAAUGUCUGAAUCUAUUGUUUCAAAGAAUAUCCUUUCCCUGCAUUUUUUAUUUUGCUGGAUUGCAAUUGUUUGUGGUAAAUCACGACACUUAUUUUCAAUCAGCAACAUAUAUGUUGUGGCUUGUGCUCCACAAAGCGCCUCAUUCUCUAUGUAUUUUAAACAUGCUAUACUCCAUUCAAUACAUCCGUACUAUCUCAGUCUAGCUUUACAUAAUGCAGGGCAAUAG